GAAGAGAGAGAUAGAGAGAGGAAAGAGAAAUAGUGGGAGAAGAUAGUGAGAAUGCAAGUGAGAUUGGAGAGAGAAAUAUAGGGGGGAAGAGUGAGAGGUGAAAGCAACAGCAGGGGAAGAGAGAUAGUGAGUGUGGGCGAGGGAGAGUGGAGAGAAAUAGAGGGAGAGAGAGAGGAAAAGAGGGGAAAAGAAAGAUAAAGGAGGAGGAGGGGAGAGGCUGGGUGUAUGUGUGGAGGGCAGUGCUCGCUGGCUUCUUUUCUAUGGAGCUUUGCUUUAAUCUGGAACAAAGCGCCUUCCACUCUGAACAGCGGAGUUUGUUGAUAUUUUGAAGGCACGCGGGAUUUGAACUCCUCCGCGCGCUGUUCAGACGGUGACGGGGUGUGUGCUCCACACACACACCCACACCCACACACACACACACACACACACACACCGCGUCUCCGUGCUUACAGGUGGUCUGUGGUGGAGCGCACGAGCUCCGCUCAGCCUGGAUUUUUUCCGGAUUUUCUCCGCCGUGAUCCACAGUCUGUUGGGCGCGCUCCAGGGGCACAACUCUCUCCGUAAACCCGCGUACGUGCAGCCGUGCUGUGAAAGCCGCUCCUGCUCAGGGAUUGUUCAGAAAUGAAAGGCCGAAAAGGUUGCUCGUAUGGAUUGCUGGUCUACCUUUCGCUCUUGGUGGCCUGGCAGCCUCGAUCUAGAGUGGGAGUGUCUGCAUCAGAUGCAUUCAAAAACAACAUCACGCUUUUCACACGGAUUCUGGAUCGACUGUUGGAUGGCUAUGACAACAGACUGAGACCGGGUCUCGGAGAUCGAGUGACGGAAGUAAAGACUGAUAUUUAUGUGACCAGUUUUGGGCCAGUAUCAGACGCAGACAUGGAGUACACAGUAGACGUGUUCUUCCGCCAGCGCUGGACGGACGAGCGGCUGAAGUUCCGCGGGCCAAUGAACAUCCUGCGGCUCAAUAACCUGAUGGCCAGUAAGAUCUGGACCCCCGACACCUUCUUCCACAACGGCAAGAAGUCUGUGGCCCACAACAUGACCAUGCCCAACAAGUUGCUGCGGAUCAUGGAGAAUGGGACAUUACUCUACACUAUGAGAUUGACGGUGCAGGCAGAGUGUCCAAUGCAUUUGGAGGACUUCCCUAUGGACUCUCACUCAUGUCCACUGAAAUUUGGCAGCUAUGCAUACACUCUGACAGAGGUGACCUAUGUUUGGACGCGAAAUGCCACCUUUUCAGUAGAAGUGGCGCCAGAUGGAUCGAGGUUAAACCAGUAUGACUUAAGGGGGCAAACUGUUGGCAAUGAAACCAUCAAAUCUAGCACAGGUGAAUACACAGUGAUGACAGUUCAUUUCCAUCUGAAGAGGAAGAUUGGUUAUUUUGUGAUCCAGACCUACCUGCCCUGCAUCAUGACGGUCAUUCUGUCCCAGGUGUCCUUCUGGCUCAACCGUGAAUCCGUCCCUGCUCGAACAGUAUUCGGUGUGACCACAGUGCUAACUAUGACCACUCUGAGUAUCAGUGCCCGUAAUUCACUGCCCAAAGUGGCUUAUGCUACCGCUAUGGACUGGUUCAUCGCUGUGUGCUACGCCUUCGUCUUCUCCGCACUCAUCGAGUUCGCAACAGUCAACUACUUCACCAAACGCGGCUGGGCCUGGGAUGGCAAGAGUGUCGUCAAUGACAAGAAAAAGGAGGGCUCCAUUAUGAAGAAGAACAACGCUUAUGCAGUUGCCGUGGCUAACUACGCUCCCCACAUUGGUAAAGACUCAGCCCUUCCCACCGUCUCCAAGAGCGCACCAGCAGAGCCUGCUAAAGCUCAGCCUGCAGCUAAAGAGAGCAAGAAGACCUUCAAUAGCGUGAGCAAAAUUGACCGCAUGUCCCGCAUCAUCUUCCCUGUGCUCUUUGGCAGCUUCAACCUGGUCUACUGGGCCACUUAUCUCAACAGAGAGCCUGUCAUUAAGAACAUGGUCCCCUCUCACUGAACCGUCCAUUUCAGCCACGUAUGUCCAAUGCCCUCUCACAACACACACACACUCGCACACACACAGAUCAGUGGCAGGCUUUUGCACUUGUUUAGUGUUAUGGUUGGCAUUUUUGUCUUACUAUGAGAAUACACCAUGUUCUUCAUCCUUCCACUGGCAAGUCCACAGAAGGAUAACAGGCCUUCACUGUUGGGCGUCAGGUUCGACACGGCUUUAAGUAAAAAGCCUUUUAUUAUGGAAAAAUCUUCAGUCUGAAGGACAGAAUGAAGUGCUACACACAGUACAUGUGGUGUUUAAAAGAAAGAGGAAAACAACUUGAAAUGCUAGCAUGUGGUUUGGAAGUAUGGAUAGCAAGCUCAUCUAGCUACAGUUUUAACAACUUA